AUGUCCACAGUGGAUGCAGCUGAAGACCUAGUUCAGUUAUCCGGCAACUGCCAAGAGACUCACCCUUUACCUCAGGAAAUUGAGGAGUUCGUCCUGGAAUUCUCUGAGACACAUGAGUCAAGAACUCCAGCUGCACCAGAGCCACAGAUCUAUAUGCCUCUGACUGCCCAUGGUGACGAGAGCCAACAUGAGUCCAUUCAGAACCAGGUGAUGGCUCCUUUGAGGCCCACAAUGAUGGCUUCUGCAUGUUCUAGUAUCCCUGGGACAGUCCUUGACCAGAACUCAAUAACUCUCCCUGUUAAUGCCUUCGAUAAGCCCCCUGGAGAACUAAAUGAGACUGUCUCCAUGGACCAGAAGGUGACUUCCUUUGACCAGAGAAAACCCACAGCAACCUCCUGGAUGAUAGGUGUUACUGACAACCCAAAGACAUUGUUCACUGAUUGCCAAAAGACAACCAUCACUGCAAACAACAUGACAAUCUCCAAAGAAGGUAGCCAGAUGAAGACCCUCAGUGAUGAACAGACCCGUUAUGGAGGCCAGAUGAUGUUUGGUGGGGACCAGACCCGUUAUGGAGGCCAGAUGACCUUUGGUGGGGGCCAGACCCAUUAUGGAGGCCAGAUGACCUUUGGUGGGGAUCAGAACCGUUAUGGAAGCCAGAUGACUUUUGGUGGGGACCAGACCCGUUAUGGAGGCCAGAUGACUUUUGUUGGGGACCAGAACCAUUAUGGAAGCCAGAUGACUUUUGGUGGGGACCAGACCCGUUAUGGAGGCCAGAUGAGUUUUGGUGGGGACCAGAACCGUUAUGGAGGCCAGAUGACUUUUGGUGGGGACCAGAACCGUUAUGAAGGCCAGAUGACUUUUGGUGGGGACCAGAACCGUUAUGGAGGCCAGAUGACAGCUCUUAAAGGGGGCUAUCCAGUGACCUUCAUUGGGAACCAUACCUUCACUGGGGGCCAGAUGACAACAUACAGCAGUGACAAGACUCUCUAUGGGGGUCAGAUGGGGACCCUUAAGGGGGACCAGAUGAGAGCCUUCACUGAUGACCACACUCUCUAUGGAAGCCAAAUGAUGCCAUGUCAAUCGUCAUCGUUGUCAAACCCAGGAUUCCUGUACUGUUCAAGUUCCCAUUUGACCCAAGGACAAUCUCUAGAAGAGCAGAAUUCAACACUCAAAACCCAGAGAUGUCAGUUCAAGGAGAAUCUUGACAUUUUAAAGCCCUACAUUUGCACACACCAGGACUGUCAGAAAUCAUAUUCAAAGAAGUCCUGUCUCCAAAUCCAUGAUCGCAAACACACAGGAGAGAGGCCCUACAAAUGCAAUGUGAAGGGAUGCACAUGGGAAUUCGCCCGUUCAGAUGAGCUCAAGAGACACAACAAAAAGCACAGUGGGGAGCGACCCUACCUGUGUACUCUGUGCGACAGGCGUUUUGCACGAUCUGAUCACUUGAAGCAGCACCAGAAAGUCCACCAGUGACUACGAACCUGAAUCCAUCAGCCCAUGAGGAAACAAGAUUCUCCCUAAGCCUUUGUGUGCUUAGCACCUAGCAUUGUGUCACCCCAUUGUAGGUGCUUCAU